CGGGCGGUCCCCGGGGCGGUGCCGGCGGUGCGGGGCGGUCCCCGGGGCGGUGCCGGAGCCGCAGCCGGGGCGGUGCCGUGUCCCGUCUCGGGGGCGGUGCCGUGGCCGGGGCGGUGCCGGGGGGCCGGGGGAGGCCGGGGCGGUGCUGGGGCUGUAAACACGGGGCGGAGCGGGGUCGUGGCCGGCGCCGUUCCCGCGCACACCCGAGCGCAGCGGCGGCCGGGGCCGCUCCAGCGGCGGCAGCACCGCAGCCCCGAUGGCCAAGCAGCCCCCCGAGGUGAAGGCGCGACGCGACGGCGAGGGCGGGCGGCUGCCGGCGGCCGAGGGGGGGCCGGGCCCGGGCGCGCAGCUGCGCCCCGGCGCUCCCGCCGCCCUGCCCGGGGCCGGCAGCGGGAACGGGAACGGCUCCGGCGCGGCCGCGGCGCGGGGCCCGCCCGCCAGCCCCGGCCCCUUCGCCACCCGCUCGCCGCUCUUCAUCUUCGUGCGGAGGUCGCCGCUGCUGCCGCGCUCCUCCAGCGGGUACUUCUCCUUCGACGCCGAGCGCAGCCCCGGGCCCCUGUGCUGCGACAAGGCCACGCAGACCCCCAGCCCGCCCUGCCAGGCGCUCAGCCACUGCCUCAGCGCCAUGGCUUCCCGGUGGCACUCGGUGGCCGAGGACGUGCAACCCGAGGUCUGGAUCGCGCAGGAGCUGCGGCGCAUCGGGGACGAGUUCAAUGCCUCCUAUUGUCCACGAAGGGGUUUCUGGGAUCACCAGGUGGGAAACCCCCAGGUCGUCAUCCUGCGCCUGCUGCGUUACAUCGUCCGCCUCAUCUGGAGGCUGCAGUGAGCGCCCGGCGCACCCCGAGGGGCUCCAGGACUUUGUUUCCUCGCUGGGAAAGCCCGGGAAGGACUGGACAGAUGGAUGGAUGUGGGACUCCCACCCUACUUCUCCCCCAGGGGACACGUGGCAGGACGAGGGUGUUCAUCCCACGCCGACCUGCCGGGCUCCGGUGCAGUGUUUUUAUCCCAGAGUGGUGUUUACUUAGUGUUUCAACUUUUAUUACCUUUUUUUUUUUAUCAUCAUCAUUUUUUUUUUUUUUGUCCCCGAAAGAGUCUCAGUGAAAACACGGGAUAAUUUGUUGUCAUCGUUCCUGGAAUCCUCUGGGAAACCUGAGCCAGCUGAUGGGCCAGAGACUGAGAUUCCUCCCCUCUCCCUUUGCCUCCAGGGCAUUUGCCCACCAAAAAAAAGGCUGGAAGAAGGGCAGAGGGCUUUAAAUCAGCACUUCUUUUACCUGUAAAUACCUAAUGCUACCCCAGAUCCACCUUCAUUUGCAUCAUGCAAAUCGCCUAUUUCCUGCUGACUGAUGAUUUUUUUAUUUUUAUUUUUUUUUGGUAGUUUUUAUAUCUCUCUUUUUUUUUUUUUUUAUACACUCUGAAUUUUUUCUCAAGACUUCGCUGUCGAACUCCAGGGUCCAAACCAUCACAACCAACCAAACAACCAACCCCAAUCCACCAGGUUGCCUUUUUUUUUUUUUUUUUUUUUAAGAGAAAAUCUUUCUUAUAAAACGUGUGAAAACGCUUCCUUAGUGUAAAAUAUAAUAUAUAGAAGGUGGGGAGAGAUGGGGGGGAGAUGAGGAAUUCAGCAAUAAAACAUCCCGGAGGCAGGAGGAGCAGCUCCCAGGACCCACCACGGCGGAGUUGUUCUCCAAGCCCACAGGAGGGGUUUUUCCAAGGUGCUGGACAGUGUUUUCCUGGGAUCCUCUCUGUGUUGGCACAGAGGGAUGAUGAGCAGGCGCCGUGAAGCCCCCCCUGGAUGCAGCUGGAAGGAGCCAGCCUGGCAUGGAUCCACUGCAGGACUUGCCACGGGGGGAAUGAUCUCCCCUUCCACCCGGACGUGCCACGGCCAUGGAAGACCCAGGUGUGUGUCCCGUUGCCUCCGGUGGACCUCGGAUGUUUUUGGGGGAAGUGGCUGCUCCGGCCACCCCGUAUCUAUGCACAACCCACCUCGUGCCCCUUCCCCUCUGGAGGGUGCAGGUGGUCCCACCCCCCACGUCCCGACACCGUGCCAGGUCGUUUCUGCUCUCAUCGGUUCCGCCGGCGCCGUAGGAAAAGGAAAAAAAGAAAGGAAAGGAAAAAAAGAAAAGGAAGGAAAACCCAAUCCCAAGCUCCCCCUCCCCGAGAGCGGUUGUGCCCACAGGGAGCAGCUGCUGAGUGCCAUGGAUGAUGGUUCUGGAUGGGCUGCAGUGGGACCUGCCCCUGUGCUCCUGGAGGGUCAAGUUUUAACCUCGAAUGCCAAUUUUAUUCCCUUUUUUUUUUUUGGAGCAGGGAAUGUUUUGGGAAGGGUUUUUUUUUUUGGAGAGGGUGUGUGAGGGGGAGCCUUUGCACUGGUGGAGAGCGAGGGGUUCGAUAACCGGUGAGCUGGGCCGGGGGCAGAUCCUGCUCCUCAUCCCAUGGGAUUUUGGCUCUGGCUUUGGCUCAUGAUUUCCCACGGGAACCUACGUGGAAUUCCACGGCUGCUGAUAAAAUUAAAUAAGUGAAAUUUGGCAGCAGAGGGGGGGGGAAACCCAAGUGAGACUUUUCUCCCAGUUGAGUUUCAUCGUUGCUGGUGGAUGAAAUGGUGCUUUGGGGUCUCCCAGCCUUAUGGAAUCCUGGAAUGUGUCCCUUGGAAUACACCAAAGAAUCACCGAGCACUUUACCCCCUCCUCCCAUGGAGACAAAAGACAUAGGUUCAUUUUAAGGAAAAAAAAAAAAUUCCAAACAUUGGCAAAGUCUCCCAGGGACUUCUCCACAGGAGGAAUUCCCAGCCAAAAGGCAUAGGAAAAUUUUAACCCCCCAAAAAGCAGGUUUAGGGGGAACUCCCUCCCCCCCUGCCAAAAAGCCUCAAACCAGAAGAGUGAUGUUAUAAAAUAGGUAUUAUGCCCAUUUAGCCAUGUUGGCUCUGGGCUGUUUUAAGCAUAACCUGUGCUCUGUGUUGCACCAAAAGGAUGUGAUGAAGAGUUUUCCUUGGAUGUGGGGAAACCAGAUUUAUUCCCGGAUUUAUUCCUGGUCCUGCUUCUCCUCUUUUCCCCCCCAACUGUAAAUACCCAAAUAUUUAUUAGAGUAGGGCACCGUAUUUUCAUCAUCUGAGCCAAAUAUCUGUGUGCAAUGUACUCCCUCUCCUUUCUCUCCUGUAAGUUUUGUACAGCUUAUAAAUACAUUAAAAAAAAAAAAAAUUAUUAAAAAAACCCUGUUUUUUUUUUCCUAAACUUUUUUUUUUUUUUAGAGUUGAACUUGGUAAAUACUGUAGGGCUUUUUUUUUUUUUUUUAAUUUUUUUUUUUUUAAAUUUUCUGUGUAAUUAAUGCACUCUACUGUUUAAUGCUGUAACUUGUAGAAACGUUGUGUAUUUAUUUUCUGCUUAUUUAAGUUCCUGUGAAGAUUUGGUUUCCCCCUUUCUCUCUCUCUGUCUCUGUCUCUCUCUCCUGUCCCUGCCAUAAGUGUUGGAUCACCUUCCAAAAGCCAUCGUGGGGGUGGAUUAACGAAUCCUUUCGCUCCAAGUGCCUAAGUCCCCGCUCCCCAGGAUUUAGGCACAUCAAAGACUUCAGCAUUAGUGGAAAAAAAUCCAGUGGGAAUUUGGCUUCUCCACGCCCCUGGGACUGUUCAAUCCGGGUUUUCCUCCACCUGGGAGCAGCCAUCCCGUGAGGUCACCCUCAAGUCGCGGCGCAGGACCCAGCGGAUGUAGCAUUUUUGACUGCAAUUUCCCUGCCCUUCCUUUGUGUUUUGCACUGAUGAAUUUUGGACAGGGUAAUUGCCACUUUUUUUACUUGUGCAAUACUGCUGUAAAUAAUCGCAGAUCCUUUUUUUUUUGGGGGGGGGGGGGUUGGUUUGUUUUUUUUUUCGGGGGGGGGUGUUUGUUUCUGUUGGUUUUUUCAGAUGCGAUCUUUUAUGUUCUUUAAUAUGAGUUUUAUAUGAAUAAAAACUUUCAACUAUU